AUGUUCCUGUUCCUGGAAUCUGAGAAAUCGAGAUUCACCAACCUUCAGUUAAAACUGACAAACAUCAACAGGAGUUCAUCACUGUCUAUUUCUGGAUCUUCAUCUUAUGCAGUGUUGAAUCAGCCGUUUACCUUGACGUGUACAGUGUCACAGGCUGCUGGUCUCAGUGGUCUUGUACAAUUAUUUACAAAGAAAUCACCAAAUGUAGCCUUUGUUGCCCUCAGCCAAAAUGUGGCGUCAUGUUCUGUGUUCAAUCCUCCUGCUGAACCACUGAAGUACUCUGCAUCUUGUGGAAGUGGAACAGACAGCAGCUCGUCCUCCACUAAGAAGUAUCAUCUGAGGAUCAACAGAGCUGCAGAACGUGAUGUUACAGACUGGUGGUGUGAUCUGGUUACAGCUGGAACACGCAGCAACACGUUUAGCCUGCAGUUCAGCAGUGGUCCAGAUUCUGUUACAUUCAGUCCACCAUCACCUCGGUCUGUAGCAGAAGGAGACGGCCUGAUUGUGACGUGUGCUGCUACUGGUUGUAAUCCACCAUGUUCCUGUUCCUGGAAUCUGAGAAAUCAGCAAAUCUCACCAACCUCUCAGUUAAAACUGACAAACAUCAACAGGAGUCAGACAGGGAAUGUGUACACGUGUACAGCAACCAACCCAUUUUUAUCAACAUCUGAAACUAAACAGUUCACACUGACGGUAUACUAUGGUCCAGACAGUGUCCAGCUGAACACCACUUCUCCACUGACAGUGAAAGAAGGUGACAAUGUAGCUGUGUCAUGUGAAGCAACUAACUGUUCUCCAUCCUGUUCUUUCACGUGGAAGUUUAAAUCUCAGAUAAAAUCAGCCAGCUCUGUGCUGUCAUUAAAUAAUAUAAACAGAUAUUCAGCUGGUGACUACACGUGUACUGCCAGGACCACAAAUACACAGAAAUCAUUAGACAAGAUAAUUUCUCUGGAUGUACACUACCGAUCUUCCAUCACUUCUCUGACUUUGAACUCACAGUCUACAAGAGUUACAGUUGAGGAGCGGAGUCCUGUGACUCUGAGAUGUGAUGUUGACAGUAAUCCAGGAUAUGACAUCAAACUGUUGAACACGUCACAGACUCUGCGUGAAGUGUCGAACUCUAAACAGGCUGAGUACACGUGGAACGAAGCUGGAUGUCUGGAUACAGGACACUACACGUGUGAAGCAGGAAACAACAUCAAGUCAACUGUCAGUGAAAGUGUGCAGCUUGUUGUUAGAUGUUCAUCGAGACUAGACUAUCGGGUUCCAUUCCAGGAUGUGUUUGUAGUAGCAAUAGGUGGUGCCGUAUCUCUGAGGAUAUCAGUGAUUGCCAAUCCAACACCGGCAUUCGCCUGGUACAAACUGACUGGUGGAAAUAAUAACAGUCUUGGGUCUGGACGUUCAGCUACAACUGGCGUAUCUGCUGUUGGAGAACUCACACUGACAAAUGUUCAGCAGGGAGAUAUUGGCACCUACCAGGUUGUUGUGUCUAAUGGAGCUCCAAGACAAGAUCUUAUGGUGAACCUGAAGCUUUAUGUAGCAGGUCCGCCGAGUAUUCCUUCUGGUGUCUCAGCAUGGGCAAAUGGUCCACACUCGAUCUUAGUUGUUUGGCUGGAACUUUUUAAUGGAGGAUCAGACCAGAUGUUUCUUGUACAGUACCGAGCAGACACAACAUUAUUGUGGACAAAUAUUACUGAACAGUUUCCAGGAAAAGGUAUCAACGCCAUUCAGAAAGCUGUCAUAUCAAAUCUUCAACCAAACUCAAGAUAUUUGAUGCGGGUUUUGGCUUAUAACAGAUAUGGAUACAAAGGUUUUACCAAGAACCAGGAAGCUUUGACUUUACCAUCAGCCCCAUCAAGCACAUUAAAUGGGGAAGGAAUCGCAGUAGGGAUUGUGAUUGGGAUUGCUAUUUCUGCUGUGAUAGUGACUGUGACAGUCUUUAUUUUGUGGAGACGAGGACAUAUAUGCCCAUCUUCUAAAUCAGACACCAACAUACAUCGAUAGAAGAUACAGUACGUGGAAACAGUAAUGAACCAGACAAUUCAGUUGAUCAGAUAAACACAUACGAGGGACUAGAUAUUCGAGAAGCUACACCGUAUGCAAAAUUGGAACUUUAUGAAAAUAUCAAGACGUGAGCUGUCCGUCGUUUGGUGGAAUUUAAUAACUGGUAACUGCUCUAUAAAUCACUGAAAGGUAACCAAAAUAUUUAAAAUAAUUCAGCCAGUUUCCAGCUCAAGCGAAGCUAUCUCGUUAUAGCAACAAUCAAAGAGUUGACAAAUCUCAAGGUAAACAGGUAUCACGAGUGACAUCAAUACAAGACGACGCUUAUCAACAGGAAACGGAAAGUUAUAGUCAGACCAAGUUUUAGUAUACGAAACAAAUGAUCAAGCCACACCAAACACAACAUAAGACUAACAAUUAAAACACCUUAUGACAAACGAAACGUGCUCUAUAUAAAACGCUAUACCCCCCCCACCCCCCAAAAACAAACAACAACAACAACACACUAAAAAAAAUAACACAAAAAACCAACAACAACAACAUUAUUACAAAUGCUUAUGUGUUGUAUUCUUAAGUAAUUUAGUUUUUCUUAACAGAUGUGUGAUUUGUUAAAUGUGCAUAGUCAUGGGCAAAACUAUGUAUUGUAUUCUUUAAUGUAUUCUAUAUUGUAUUAUUUAUCUUUUCUGAAGCCAUUAAGGAAAUAUACUUGACAAUUGUUCAGUAUUAUUUUGUACACCGUACGUGAAACACUGAAAGAUUCACACUGUAUCUGGUGGACUUACAGAGCCAACUAACACUAUACAUAAAAACAUAUUAUUGACUAAAGUGAAAUAUAAUGGGACAUUUAACUUAUAAAGGGGAGGGACGUAGCCCAGUGGUAAAGCGCUCACUUUAUGCUCGGUCUGAGAUCGAUCCCGUCAGUGGAGUGGGUCCUUUGGGUUAUUUCUCGCUCCAGCCAGAGCACCACAAGUGGUAUAUCAA